AAGUAGCAGGAACCAUGGGAUAAAGUCUUGAAACCGUCGAAGCGGCGGUAAUUGAGUUCCCAGUUCAAGUUCUCCCAAGGAGUAACCUGUCGCUGCCAUUUUCCUCAAUUAACUGCAUCAAACCGCAAGCUCAAAAAAAAAAAAAAAAAAAAAAAAAAAAAAAAAAAAAAAAAAGAAUAGAAAAAGAAAAAGCUGCAUCAAACCACAAAUAACGACAUGACGGAGGACGGUGGUUCUAAGAUCUCUUCCGAGGACGCCUCACAAACCAGGCAAAGAAAGAAGAGAAAGUGGGAUCAACCUGCAGAGUCCUUGGCUUCAGCUGGUUUAGCAGCACCCGGAGUCCUCCCGCUGGGCAGCAUGGGACCCCUCGGAGUGAUUGCGCUUCCUGGUGUGGCUCCAAUCUCCGCUUCACUUCUAACAAAUUUGCUUCCUGCUAGCCAUGCAACAGUACCCCAGGUGCUUCAGGCAUCUUCAAUACAACACACUGCCACCAUUGCUUUAAAACCAAAGAUCCAAGAUGAAUUAAUAGCACGAGAAAUUGUCAUAAAUGAUGCCGAGUCGUCUGUUCGUUACAAGCUCACAAAACGCCAGACACAGGAGGAGAUCCAAAAGUUGACUGGUGCUGUAGUUAUAACUAGGGGAAAGUAUCAACCACCAAAUGCACCACCUGAUGGGGAGAAGCCGCUAUAUCUUCACAUAUCUGCAGGGGUUCAUUUAAAAGAUACAGCUGAACGGAUACUAGCAGUUGAUCGUGCAGCUGCCAUGGUUGAAGAAAUGCUGAGACAAGGUCAUAUUUUACAGCCAGCUCCUUCCACUUUUCAUCUGGCUUUGAACAUUGGAGUGAAGGCACUGAGCGCAUGUGUGUUUCUGGGAUUUGACCCAGACCCAUCAUUGAACAUCGCUGCUCGUAUACGUGGACCAAAUGACCAGUAUAUAAAUCACAUUAUGAAUGAAACAGGGGCAACUGUCUCGCUACGAGGUUGUGGUUCAGGGGACCCUGAAGGCACACAGGGAGAAGAAGGGCAGCAACCACUGCAUUUAUUCUUGUCAAGCAAUAAUCCAAAAAGUCUUGAAGAUGCUAAGCAUUUGGCUGAAAACUUGUUGGAUACAAUCAGUGCAGAGUGUGGCACAUCUAGGGUUUCAUCAUGUAAGGUUUAUAGUGCUGUUCCACCCCCACAGCAGGUUUACAGUGCUGUUCCUCCUCCACAGCAGUUAUUGGCUGGAGUUCAGAGUGCCGGGAACGAAUUAGCAGUAAAUAUAAGUUCUGCUGCUGGUUUGAUGGCUACAACUAUGGGUUCUACACCAACUUCCCUUGUUUCCCCACUUGGUGUCCCUGGGCUUCCUCCUGUCUUUUCUCAAGGGACAGUAUCACAAUCUGGUGGGUAUUUACACUCUGGGCAGUCUCAAGGAAAUGUGGUUGGGUAUUCCCAGCCUUUAAUAUCUGGUGGAACGAGCUAUAGCGGAUAUGGUGGGAUAUAUCCUCAAGCCACACCCUUGCAACAAGUUGCCCUGGCACUUAGGCAGCUACCUUCUCCUGUCACUCCUGGAAUGGCAACACCAGUACCAAGCAAAGAGAAGUCAAGUGCAAGCUCCAAUCCUGAGAAGGAGAAACGGCCUCCACAGAGGCGAAAGUUUCAGGAAUUACCAGCUGGCUCAAUGUAUACUGCAAAAUCCCAUCAGGGUUCAGAAUUUUUAAAGCCUGCUGAGUCAUCAGCUGAUUUCGGUGUGAGAGAUGUAUCAACUAUGCCGGCCCCAAAGAAGUUGGUCCAGCCAUCAUUCAGUGGAAUGCCACCUCCCGGGCCAAGAAUUAUGCCCCCACCACCACCACCACCACCACCUCCGCCAAAGUUUACUUUGUCAACGCAUGCUAUUAAAGGGGAUGACAAGAAUAAUAUUCUGAAUAAAACAAAGUCAGAUUCUGUUCCUGUUAUUUCAGAUACUUUGUUCAAGCUUAUGGAAUAUGGAGAGGAGGAUGACGACCCUGAGGAAAACUACGAAGAACCGCCUAGUGGCAGCUCCAGUGCAGUAGCAGCUCGAAAGCCCUUCUGGGCUUUAUAAAUUAUAGGCCAUGUAGAUUGAUCUAUUGUUGGCAAUGAGAAGGACUCGGUUUGAGUGUAUGUUAAGUUCACGGUGAGUAAGAUGUAGCCUUCCCAGCGUGGUCGGUUUGUCUGAAGCUAUUGGUGCAAGGAUGUUGGGAUGUGAGACUGCUUGUUGAGUAGCAAUUUGGAUUUUAAGAUCUCUUGCUUAUGGACGUCAUUGGUGGCUUGGCAGGCCACGAGAAGAUCUCUGGUGCAUUCUUGUUACAAUGUGAGUAUAGGUGUUCAUUAAUAUGCUUUGUGCAAAUAGGAAUAUCUUCGAAUCAAUUGGUAAUGUCAUUUGCUGUAA